UGCAGCAGGCGCUCUACGGCUAUAAGUGGUGAUGGGCGGUUCUCGGUUAGCCUAGUGGAGGUAUAACGUGCGUCUGCCUUGCAGGAGAGCUGAGCGGCUGAUGGCUGCGGAGCGGGUGGGAUCAGCCGAGCGGGUGCUGCCGGCCUCACCUAACUGGUACUGCAGCCGCUGCAGUGACGUCUCUCAGGAUGGCCGGCUCUUUGGUUUCGCGGCUCGCAAUAACAUUUGUCUCCUGGAGAUACGUUCAGGCGUGCCAGCCUUUCACGGUGAGAUAGUGGGCCACACUGAGAGAGUUUCUGGUUUCUCAUUUUGCCACUACCCUGGUCAGAGCAACUACUGUGCCAGCAGCUCUGAUGAUGGAACUGUGAAAAUAUGGGAUUUGCAGACCCUGGCUUCUAUAAAGGAACAUGCACUGCAUCAGAAUACAAUUUCUGCAUUGCACUGGUCACCCCAGGUGAAAGAUUUAGUUGUGUCUGGUGAUGAGAAGGGAAUAGUGAUUUGCUACUGGCACAAUCGAAGUGACAGCCAAAAGUUCUUUCCAGAACCCAGGACUAUAUUUUGUCUCACUUGUUCUCUACACCAUGAGAACUUGGUGGCCAUUGGCUAUAAAGAUGGGAUUGUAGUUAUAAUUGACAUCAGCAGGAGGGGAGAAGUUGUUCAUCGCCUGAGAGGCCAUGAUGAUGAAAUACACUCCCUGGUCUGGUGCCCUGUGCUUGGCGAAGAAGGUCUUGGCAGCCGGCAAGAAGAGGGCCAAGAAGAUGCUAUUAAUGGAUGUCUGUUGGAAGACACAGCUGCAACAAAAGCCUGUUACUUGGCUUCGGGAAGCAAAGAUCAGACCAUCCGUGUGUGGAGUUACACUCGAAGCAGAGUGGUGAUGACUCUGAAGUUGCCCUUUUUAAAAAAGAGAGGUAGAACCAUUGAGUCUGCUGUCAAGGAGCGCCUUUGGUUGACUGUGCACUGGCCCCGAACCCAGCCCACACAGAUUUUCUCCAGUUGCUUUGGAGGUGAACUGUUGCAGUGGAAUUUGGCCCAACCUGGGAAACAGAAGUGGGUGAUUCUAGGGCCUUCAUCUGAAGGACAAAACCACUCUAGAAUAGUGUUCAACUUGUGUUCUCUACAGUCAGAAGGCAGAGAGCUACUUCUGUCCAUUUCAAUGGAUAGAGAUGUGAAGUGUUGGGACCUAGCCACUUUAAACUGCUGUUGGUCAAUGCCCUCUCUUGGGGGUUUUGUUUAUAGUCUGGCAUUUUCCCCAGUGGAUUCCGGCUGCCUUGCUGUGGGAGUUGGAGACAGCAUGAUACGGGUGUGGAACACCUUGUCAAUAAACAAUCACUAUGAUGUGAAAACUUUUUGGCAAGCCAUUAAAUCCAAAGUCAUGGCUUUGUCCUGGCAUCCAACUAAGGAAGGCAGUUUAGCUUUUGGGACAGAUGAUGGGAAAGUUGGCGUGUAUGACACUUAUUCUAACAAGCCACCACAAAUCUCUAGUUCCUACCACAAGAAAACGGUGUAUGUGGUAGCCUGGGGACCUCCUGUUCCGCCAUUGUCUUUUGGAAGAGAUGGUGACAGACCUUCAGUAACCUUAUAUAGCUGUGCAGGAGAAGGAAUUAUCUUCCAACACAAUCCUUGGAAACUUAAUGAGGAAGCCCAUGACAUCAAUAAAGUUAUCCGAGAAACAAAUGCAAUCACACACAAAUUACCAGCUCACACAGAAAUCAGCUGGAAACCAGAUGGCAGUAUCUUGGCUAUUGGGAACGAAGAUGGAUCAAUUGAAAUAUUUCAGUCUCCUGAGCUGAAACUGCUGUGCACCAUCCAGCAACACCACAAACUCAUCAAUGCCAUUCGUUGGCAUCAUGACCAUGCGAUACAGCCAGAAUUGAGUUACAUGAUAGCUUCUGGCUCAAACAAUGCUGUUAUUUAUGUGCAUAACAUCAAGAAUGUAAUAGACAGCUCUCCAGCAAGGCCUGUGACAAUAACAGAGCCCUUCCGUACUCUGGCAGGGCAUACAGCCAAGAUCACUAGCUUGUCUUGGAGCCCACACCAUGAUGGCAGACUUGUCUCUGUUUCUUAUGAUGGCACUGCUCAGGUUUGGGAUGUUCUAAAGGAAGAGCCUUUGCACAAUUACAGGGGACACCGAGGCCGCUUACUGUGUGUGCAGUGGUCACCUGUGGAAGCAGACUUUAUUUAUACAGGAGCCGAUGACUUCUGUGUUCAUAAAUGGGCACCUGAGAAGCAGGAAUACAGCCGCCCGCCCCAAGGUAAGAAGGGCAUUGAGCUGGAGAAAAAGAGAAGUUCUGCACCCAAACCAAAAGCCAAGAAAAAGAAAAAGCCUUUGGGGAAAGUGCCUUCAGUGCAGGACAUUUCAGUGAAUGGUGGUGAGGAUGCCACAGAGUCUCUGUUAGAGGAGAAUGGGCUGUCGGACCAAGAGGGAGAAAAGGAACAAGAGGAACUAACUGGGAGACUUUCCACAGAAGUCCACAAGGAUUCGCCAGUAUGUCAGCCACUUGCUUGCACACCAGACAUUCCAAAACUUCCUGUGAGCUUUAGAACCCCUCCAUUGAGGAAAGAUCAUAUCAAACCAGGGUCAGAAUCUUCAAUGAAGAGGAAAAAGCCACGCUCCAUCCUGCCUCUCAGCAGUUCUAUGGACCAGAGGUCAAAAGAGGAACUGUACCAGGACUGUAUGAAACUAGCAGCUUGCUUACAUUCCAAAGAUCAGGAGGAAGAUUCACCCUCUCAUUCAGGGGAUCAUGUCCACUUGGGGCUGUUCACCGAUAGACCUUCAUUAUACAGAUUGAUAGAGGCAGAAGGAAAAAGCCAUUUAGAGAAUGGACACCCAGAGUUAUUCCAACAACUUAUGGUCUGGAAAGGAGAUCUGAAGGGUGCUCUCCAAUCAGCGGCAGAAAGGGGAGAGUUGACAGACCAGCUAGUGGCUCUCUCACCAAUGGCUAGCUAUCAAGCCUGGGUGUGGGCUGUUGAAGCAUUUGCAAAGCAGCUGUGUUUUCAGGAACAAUACGUCAAGGCGGCCUCCUAUCUCCUCUCUCUCCAUAAAGUGUAUGAGGCUGUGGAGUUGCUGAAGUCGCACAGUUUUUUCAGGGAAGCCAUUGCAGUUGCCAAGGCUAGGCUGCGUCCUGAAGAUCCAGUCUUAAAAGAUCUCUACACCAGCUGGGCAGCAGUACUGGAAAAGGAUGGCCAUUAUUCUCUGGCAGCCAAAUGCUACCUGGGAGCUGCCUCUCCGUAUGAUGCAGCCAAAGUGCUGUCUAAAAAGGGAGACUCCACAUCUCUAAAAGCUGCUGCUGAGCUGGCUUUGACUGCUGGGGAGAAGGACCUAUCAGUGACAUUUUCCUUGCGGUGUGCCCAGGAGCUUUUGUCUGCCAAGAACUGGGUUGGGGCACAAGAAGUUCUCCAGCAGCAUGAAUGCUUAUUGGUCAGGGGACACAGAUUGGUGUUCUGUCUUAAUGAGCUGCUUCACAAAUGCCUUAGUGAAAGGAAUCCAGUGAAAAACAGAAGUUUAUCUGUACCUUGCUACAACAGCUGGGUAGUGAGACAAGACUGCCCCUUUAUAGAAAUGGUGACUACUAUAUGGCACAGCAUAUUUGGUGUGCAUACUCCUGAACAAGCACAGAACAUGUUUGAACAACUACAGAUUAUUCAGCAUCCUCCUGCUACAAUCAACACUCAUCUCAGACAGCUCCUGUUCUACGUGUCCCAUGAACUGACCCUAGCACUUCUGAGCCAUCUGACUGCUUCCUGGGAAGAGGCAGUAAAAGCCAUUCUUGGAGCUGUGACCCGGAGCUAUGAUGCUGGAAAUUUUACUCUUAUGCAGGAGAUCUGCAACAUCAUCCUUCCUAGAGGUUGUGAUUAUCUGAGAGAAAAACUAGACAGCACAGAUGUGCAGAGCUUGGCAGCAUACAGGAGUUUACAGGCGUUUGUGGCUUAUGGGCAACUAUACAUACUGUGGUGGUAUCUCCCUGAUGAUUCCCUUGUCUCAGAAUACCCAAAGCUUACCUCUGAGGUGUGCAGUAAUAAGCAGUCCACUCACUAUUGCCAAAGCAAUUGUUCAAGACCAUUUGCAGAAGGUAUUCAUGACUCUGAUGCCAGGCCUGAAGAAUUUCCCAAAGAAGGCAAUAAUGGUACUUGCUCAGAAGUAGAUUCUUCACCUGACUCAAGCCUAUUAAAGGAGAGACAAGUGAAACUAAGAAACUGUGGAGUGCUGCUUUCUGAAGAACAUGCUGCAGUCCAGAGUGUGCAGCGGGAUAUCUCUAGAGUUCAGCAAACUUUAGCCGACAUGAUUUGCCAACAUAAGAAAAAAAACCUUCAGGAUUUGGAGGGAACACAGCUUUUACUACAAAGCCAGAGUCAAAAUACAAAUGAAGUCAGUGAGCUGAUUUCUCUACCAGAUCUUUCAAAACAACUUACAGAAGCAAAUCAGAAACUAGCAGAGUUUCCAGCUAGUCUAAAGGAUUCGCCUUUCCCAGAUGUCCUGGAGUGCUGCCUGGUUAUGCUUCAUGUAGGAGCCCAGUGGGGAGUAGAUCUGGAUCCAGAGCUGCAGGAACAGUGCUUGCGUCUUCUUCAGAAUUAUAAAGGAACUGACAUAUAUGAAGGGGCUUGUAGGAAGUUCUUCACAUGAAUCUUUACUUUCCUAUCAAAUAACUUUUUCCCUUAAUGUGAAGGAUUAGUUGUGAAUAUUAAUUUCAUUCUAGAAUGGAUGAAUAAAUGCAAGUGGCUAUUGUUACACAGUCACAUUGGUCAAUAACUUUUCAAAGAAUUCACAUCCUUUUUCAAUAUUGUGUAACUGUUGAUCUUGUAAGGAGAAUAAUAGAGGCUUUCAUACAAUAUUUUUGUGCCCAGUCAGCCUAUCCUUUGAGUUGCAGAAGGCUGUGGAUGACAUAACCAAUAAAUAAAAUGUAAUGUAAUAAA